AUCAAAGGAAGGAGAUUUCCAUCAAUUACAUUGCAGCCUACAGGACGUAGGUUUCAAGUUACAUGCGCGACGAAGCAGGAGACAGUGCAGAAGGUCUGUGACAUAGUCAAGAAGCAAUUGGCACUGCCAGAGGGUUCAAGUGUCACUGGAGAGUCCAAGUUUGCUGCCCUUGGAGCUGAUUCUCUUGACACAGUUGAGAUUGUGAUGGGACUGGAAGAGGAAUUCGGUAUCAGCGUCGAGGAGGAGAGCGCACAGAGCAUCACCACCGUUCAAGAAGCUGCUGACAUGAUUGAUAAGCUUCUCGAGAGCAAGACUGAUUAAGUCCAUUUUGUAGCAGUUUUCUUUUUUCCUUUUUCCUUCUUUUUUGUGUGCGUGGCUAUUUUGAUGUCCUAAGUUUAAUUUAUCUUUCGUAUUUUGAUGUCCUAAGUUUAAUUUAUCUUUCGUAUCUCAGUUUGAUUGUUACUCAAGUAAUUGCGAGAUCUAUCUUGGAACUGAAGUAGGAUUACUAUAAUACUAGUUUUCUGUUUCUUAAAACAUGUAUUUUUCUCCUUAUCAUUGAAAUUGGUCUUUAAAUUCGCUUUCUAAAA